AUGCACCACCACUGCUCGUUAAUCCCCCUCCUCGACUUCCUUCUGCUGCUGCAGUUGCCGCAAUACCGGGCUGAGGUGGCAUCGGGCCGGCUGACGUGGGACCCACGCCAGGCUGACGUGGCAGCCGCCAUGGACGACCUGGUAACACCUGUUCCUCUCCCUCCUCUCCCUCCUCUGCCUCCUCCCCCUCCUCUCCCUCCUCUCCCUCCUCUGCCUCCUCCCCCUCCUCUCCCUUCUCUCCCCCCUCUCCGUCCUCUUUCUCCUCCCUACUCCCACCCACCUUCUUCCCCUCCCAGAUUUGAGUCUUAA